CUUCCUCCAAAAAUCCAGCCAGUCAGUCAAUUGACUCAGUGCGCAAAGGCUCCCUUGUUCUCUUGGGCUCCGGAGGCUCGUUGAAGUUGAAACCCUCUUCCUGAUUCCUCCUCCACGAUAGCAGGCAGCAAAAUGGCCUACACAAAAACCCCAAUCUUCGUCGUCCUCUUCCUCAUCACCCUCCUCCCGAUCUCCACCAAUUCUCAAGACCCCACUUCGGAUUUGCUCGCCCAGCUCGAAUCCCUCCAAUCCCAGUCCCCCAAUGGCGGCGUUAUCCAUCUCACUGAUUCCCUCCUCAAACGGAUCCUAUCCAUUCCAGCUCCUCGUCCCUUUACUUUCCUCAUCUUCUUUGACGCCCAACAACUCCACUCCAAACCCGAACUCUCCCUCCCGUCUCUCAAAUCCGAGUUCUCCCUCGUCUCUAAAUCCUUUUUAGCCAACAACCCUCCAGCUUCUCACUCAAAACUGUUCUUCUUCGACAUUGAAUUUCAAGAAUCCCAGUCCUCUUUCGCCCUUUUCGGAGUAAAUUCUCUGCCCCACAUCAAACUUAUCCCCGCUGAAGCCACCGAUGUCAAGAAAGACUCCUUCCAGAUGGAUGCGUCAGAUUUCUCGAGGCUCGCCGAAUCCAUGGCUGAAUUUGUCGAGGCCAAAACGAAGCUGAGCAUUGGGCCGAUUGAUCGCCCUCCUUUGAUUUCUAAGAAGCAAUUGAUGUUUCUCGUUGCUGUUAUUCUGAUUUGGGCUCCAUUCUUGGUGAAAAAAGUGAUUUCUGGGAACACCCUUUUGCACAAUAAGAGCGUUUGGAUGACCGGAGCGAUUUUCGUCUACUUUUUCAGUGUCUCCGGGUCAAUGCAUAACAUAAUUAGGAAAAUGCCCAUGUUUUUGGUUGAUAGGAAUGAUCCUGGGAAGUUGGUUUUCUUUUAUCAGGGGUCCGGGAUGCAGUUGGGAGCUGAAGGGUUCGCGGUUGGGUUCUUGUACACUGUGGUGGGAUUGUUGCUGGCUUUUGUUACUCAUGUGCUUGUCUAUGUGAGGAAUAGGAAUGCUCAGAGGUUGGUGAUGAUUUUUGUGAUGUUUGUUUCCUUCUGGGCUGUUCAGAAGGUGGUCUUCUUGGAUAAUUGGAAGACUGGAUAUGGUAUUCACGCUUACUGGCCAACAAGCUGGAAGUGAUUGUGGUGAUUGAUUUGAGGCUGAUUGACGUAGAGGCGCCUUAGCCAUUGGCUUUGGGUAAGAGAUUUGUACCAGUUUAGAUUGUAAGACAGAGCAAUUGAUAAGGAAAUUUAAGUGACGACAUAAAUAUUUCGACUUUACAUUGUCUGUUUUAUUUCUACUUAGGAUGGAUGUAUACCUCACCGCUACCUGAGACUGCACUAUAUGUGCUGGUCGAAAUUUUCAACACUGGCAAUGUGCAACCUUUUCUCGUACUGAUUUCAUACUAUGCCUUAAACAGUUUAUUAAAAAUUUUAUGUUUGCAAUGGCUGGAUA